AUGGCCACCGCCACCACCACAGCUGUGCUCCCGUCCCUGAGAGUGAGACAAGACCAUCAAGAUCUACCGGCCUCAAUAUCGUUUGUCUCCGAUCAUGAUGGACUGGCGCCAACGAGUAGUGGUACGAAUUAUAUCGAGACGGCUGGAGAUUUUGUCAAGAAUCAAAGCUUCGGUCGAAAUCUCUUCACCGUUGGCAAUGCUAGUAACAAGAACUCAGACGACAGCUUCCCAUUGAACUUGGAUUUCAUUCCGAUGAAAUUCAGUAACCAUACAGAGGAGAUUUUCAACGACUUGCAUCAACCAAUCACCCGGAUCCAAACUUUCCCAUGAGUCCAACCCACCAGAUCGUUCUAAAUCAAGCAUCCAA